AUGACUCCUACCCACUGCAUUCUCGUCGCGCUGUCGCUGUGCGCCGUGGCUUCGUCCGCCGCCGGUUGUAAGUAUGCCGUCGAGUCGUACACCACCAGCGAUGCCAUGAUCGUUAACGAGGCUGCGUUCAUCGCACAAGUUAGUGCUGAGUGCGAGGAUUCACCGUCCAACUUGUACGCCGAAGUGGAAGGCCGACUUCUGGUAGCGGCCAACGCUGGUCCGAACAAAUACCAAGUCAGUUGGUUGGACGACUUCAAGAAGGCUCGUCGAGGCGAUUACUAUGUGAAAUUUUACGAUGAGGCUGGUUACGGUCAACUCAGGAAACUGUUGCGUGAUGGAGAAUCCAUCAGCAGUGUAACGCCUGUACACUCUGCUUACGUCCGUUAUCCCGGUGCUUACAAAGGUGUUUGGGUCAAUUCUGAAUUCCUGGCUGCAAUUGUCAGCAUGGUAGUUUUGUAUUUUGCGUAUACGUUCAAGUCAAAAAUUGUCUCCUAA